GAUCCUGAGAGUGAUGACAGUGCUGAUUGGAAGGAGACCAGAGAACCUCAGUCAGCUCUAAACUCUUUGAAAGAUGAGGAUGUUCCUGUCUGUGAUAGACAGAGACCUAAAACUGACAAGAAAGCUUUCAGCUGCUCUGAGUGUGAGAAAAAAUAUGACUUUAGGUCACAGCUAAAGAGACACAUGAUGACUCAUACAGGAGAAAAGCCUUUCAGCUGCUCUGAGUGCGGGAAACGUUUUAAAGAGAGGGGAAUUUUACGGGAACACAUGAAAACUCAUACAGGAGAGAGACCUUUUAGCUGCUCAGUCUGUAAGAAAUCUUUUACACAGAGUGGAGUCUUUCGGGCACACAUGAGAAUGCACACUGGUGAGAAUACUUUUAACUGCUUGGAGUGUGACAAAAGAUUUAGCCGCAAUCAACUUCUGAAGAUGCACAUGAUGACUCAUACAGGAGAGAGACCUUUUAGCUGCUCAGUCUGUAAGAAAUCUUUUACACAAAAUGGAAAUUUACGGAUACAUAUGACCAUGCACACAGGAGAGAGGCCAUUUAGCUGCACAUUCUGUGAGAGAGGUUUCACAGCGAGAGGAAGUUUGGAGAAACACAUGAGAAUCCACACAGGGGAGAGGCCGUUUACCUGCUCCGUCUGUAAGAAAAGUUUUAGAGAUAAAGGAACUUUAAAUAGACACAUGAGAGUCCACAAGGGACAAACACCGUCUACUCCCUGUGUUAGCGGCGUAAAAAAGCAGCAGGAGUGUAGCUCCGGUGUGGACCAGGAGGAGCCAGAGCCCCCCCCACACAUUAAAGAGGAACAGCAGGAACUGUGGAGCAAGAAGGGAGAAUCUGACACUGAUGACAGUGCUGAUUGGAAGGAGACCAGAGAACCUCAGUCAGCUUUAAACUCUCUGAAACAUGAUCCAAGACGUAAGAAAACAUUCAGUUGCUCUGAGUGUGGGAAAAUAUUUUGUACAAAGGGAGGUCUGAAGAGACACAUGAGAACUCAUACAGGAGACAAACCUUUCAGCUGCUCUGAGUGCGGGAAAUGUUUUACAGAAAGUGGAACUUUGCGGGCACACAUGAGAACUCACACAGGAGAGAGACCUUUUAGCUGUUCAGUCUGCAAGAAAUCUUUUAUACAGAGUGGAGGUUUUCGGGCACACAUGAGAAGCCACACAGGAGAGAAACCUUUUACCUGCUCGGUGUGUGACAAAAGAUUUACCAGCAAUAAACUUCUGAAGAUGCACAUGGACACUCACACAGGAGAAAAGCCUUUCAGCUGCUCAGUCUGUAAGAAGUCUUUUAGACAAAGUAGAAAUUUACAGAUACACAUGACCAUCCACACAGGAGAGAGGCCAUUUAGCUGCUCGUUCUGUGAGAGAGGUUUCACAGCGAGAGGAAAUUUAGAGAAACACAUGAGAAUCCACACAGGAGAGAGGCCGUUUACCUGCUCCGUCUGUACGAAAACCUUUAUAGACAAAGGAACUUUAAAUAGACAUAUGAGAGUCCACAAGGGACAAGAUCGAUCUAAUUCCUCUGUUAGUGACAUGAUCAAGCAGCAGGAGUGUAGCUCCACCGUAGACCAGCAGGAGCCAGAGCCCCCCCCACACAUUACUGCUCCGAGUGUGGAAAAAGAUUUUGGACCAAGCAACAUCUGA